CCGGAUGAGGAGGGGGAAAGCGGGGGAAAAGAGGGAAAAGAGCCGGGAGAGAGGUGGGCAAGAACAAGGGCGAGGGCACGGCCGGGUCCUGGCUGGCCAAAGGAGGCUCGCGGAAGCAGCAGCCACCGCCUGACCGCAGCUGGAUUUUGAAGAUUGAUCCAAGGGACUGUAUUAAUUUCAGGAAUUGAUUUGAAAGACACUGGCUCUGCCACUUAACAGCCAUGUAACCUUGGAUAUGGAAGAAAGUAGCAGUGUUGCCAUGUUGGUGCCAGAUAUUGGGGAACAGGAAGCUAUAUUGACUGCUGAAAGUAUCAUCAGUCCUUCACUGGAAAUUGAUGAACAAAGAAAAACUAAACCAGAUCCAUUAAUCCAUGUUAUCCAGAAGUUAAGCAAGAUAGUGGAACAUGAAAAGUCACAAAAAUGUCUUUUAAUUGGAAAGAAACGCCCACGUUCAAGUGCUACAGCACACUCUCUUGAAACCCAAGAGCUUUGUGAGAUUCCAGCUAAAGUAACCCAGUCACCUGCUGCUGAUACUAGAAGAGCUGAGAUGUCACAAACAAAUUUUACCCCUGACACUCUUGCCCAGAAUGAAGGGAAGGCUAUGUCUUAUCAGUGUAGCCUCUGUAAGUUUUUAUCAUCAUCUUUUUCUGUGUUAAAAGAUCAUAUUAAGCAGCAUGGUCAGCAGAACGAAGUGAUCCUAAUGUGCUCGGAGUGCCAUAUUACAUCUAGAAGCCAGGAAGAACUUGAAGCUCACGUGGUGAAUGACCAUGAAAAUGAUGCCAAUAGCCACACCCAAUCCAAAGACCAACAGUGCAUAAGCCCCUCCAACUCUUCAUGUCAGAAAACCACAGAAAGAGAUAAUGAAACCAUUCCAGACAUCCCAGUAAGUGUGGACAAUCUGCAGACUCAGACUGUCCAAACUGCAUCUGUGGCAGAAAUGGGUAGGAGGAAAUGGUAUGCAUACGAACAGUACGGCAUGUAUCGAUGCUUGUUUUGUAGUUAUACUUGUGGCCAGCAGAGAAUGUUGAAAACACAUGCUUGGAAACACGCUGGGGAGGUUGAUUGCUCCUAUCCAAUCUUUGAAAAUGAAAAUGAGCCCCUAGGCCUGCUGGAUUCUUCAGCAGCCUCUGCGCCUGGUGGGGUCGAUGCAGUGGUCAUUGCUAUUGGAGACAGUGAACUGAGUAUCCACAAUGGGCCAUCAGUGCAGGUGCAGAUUUGCAGCUCAGAACAGUUAUCAUCUUCAUCUCCUUUAGAACAGAGUGCAGAAAGGGGAGUACACCUAAGUCAGUCAAUUACCCUGGACCCCAGUGAGGAAGAAAUGCUGGAAGUGAUUUCUGAUGCAGAGGAGAAUUUGCUUGCUGAUAGCCUCCUUUCAUCGGCACAAAAAAUCAUCAGCAGCAGCCCUAAUAAAAAAGGUCAUGUUAACGUGAUAGUGGAGCGAUUGCCAAGUGCUGAAGAAACCCUUUCACAGAAGCGCUUCCUCAUGAACACUGAAAUGGAAGAGGGGAAGGACCUAAGCCCAGCAGAAGCCCAGAUUGGGCAUGAAGGAACAGAUGAUGUUUAUCAUGCUGAUAAAUGUACUGUUGAUAUUGGGGGUUUGAUCAUAGGCUGGAGCAGUUCAGAGAAGAAAGAUGAGUUAAUGAAUAAAGGCCUGGCUACUGAUGAGAAUGCCCCACCAGGCCGGAGAAGGACAAAUUCUGAGUCUCUCCGACUGCAUUCAUUAGCUGCAGAAGCCCUUGUCACAAUGCCUAUAAGAGCUGCAGAGUUGACAAGAGCCAACCUGGGGCACUAUGGGGAUAUAAACCUUUUAGAUCCAGAUCCUAGUCAAAGGCAAGUAGAUAGUACAUUGGCAGCAUAUUCAAAAAUGAUGUCGCCACUUAAAAACUCUUCCGAUGGACUAACUAGUCUUAACCAAAGUAGCUCCACCUUGGUAGCACUCCCAGAGGGUAGGCAGGAAUUGUCAGAUGGGCAGGUUAAGACAGGCAUCAGCAUGUCCUUACUCACUGUCAUUGAAAAAUUGAGAGAAAGGACAGACCAAAACGCUUCAGAUGACGACAUUUUGAAAGAGUUGCAGGACAACGCCCAGUGCCAACCCAACAGCGAUACGAGUUUGUCCGGAAACAACGUGGUGGAAUACAUCCCGAAUGCCGAACGACCCUACCGUUGCCGCCUGUGUCACUACGCAAGUGGCAACAAGGGCUACAUCAAGCAGCACUUACGAGUCCAUCGACAGAGACAGCCUUAUCAGUGUCCUAUCUGCGAGCACAUAGCUGACAACAGCAAAGAUUUGGAAAGCCACAUGAUCCAUCACUGUAAGACAAGAAUAUACCAGUGCAAGCAGUGUGAAGAAUCCUUCCAUUAUAAGAGUCAAUUGAGGAAUCACGAGAGAGAACAGCACAGUCUUCCAGAUACCUUGUCAAUAGCAACUUCUAAUGAGCCAAGAAUUUCCAGUGAUAUAGCAGAUGGAAAAUGUGUCCAGGAAGGAAAUAAGUCUUCAGUCCAGAAACAAUAUAGAUGUGAUGUGUGUGAUUAUACAAGUACAACUUACGUUGGUGUCAGAAACCACAGGCGAAUCCAUAACUCUGAUAAGCCAUACAGAGGACAUUUGGCCAUUUGACAACGUCUGGAGACAUUACUGUGUUUGUCACAACUGAGUCGGAGAGAGUGCUACUGGCAUUUAGUGAGUAGAGGCCAGGGAUGCUGUUGGACAACCUGCAGUGCCUCAGACAAGCCCCCACAGUGAAGAAUUGCCCCAAAUGUCAAGAGUGCAGAGGCCAAGAAACUCUUUUCUAGAUCUCCCACUUCACAAGAAACAUGAAGGACAUAGGGACAUGAUAAACUACAUCACCAGAAAGUCCUCUGUGUAGUCCAUGCUGUGAGAGAUUCUGCAAGGCAGAUGGCCUGGUAUCUUCAACAGAUAAAUGCAUGAUGGGCGACGGGAAAGAAAGAAGAAAUAUUGUAGAUUAAAAGAGACUUAAGAGACUUAGCGACCAAAUAUGAAAUGUACAUCUCAUUUGGAUUCUAAUUUGAGUAAGACAUGUCUGCAAAACUCAAGCAAGUUUAAGUUAGGAGAAUACAUGAAACAAGACUGGCAAGAUGCCAACAAUCAGUUAUUGAAACUGGAUGGUACAGAUUCAUCACAUUUUUAUUUAUAAUUUUGUCUUUGUUUAACGACUUCCAUAAUCAGAAAUUUUAAAAUGAAUAUUGAUUUUUUUUUAGAUGUAGUCGCAGCAACACCAAUAAAAAUAUGCCUUUUUUCUUUCGAUCCUUUGAAAUGGUGACUCAUAAUAAUGACUCUCCUAAUACUGAACUGUCUGUAUUCCUAGAAUAAGCCUCUCUUAAAAGAAUGAGCACAUGCUGGUGCCCAAUUUAGGUUUAUAGAGUGUGUGCUCAAAAGCUUUAAGUGCCUAAAAUGUUUAUACAAAGAUGAUUAUCAAUAGUCAGAAUUAUAUUUUCGGUAUAAACAAUAGAGAAUUCAGUGGAAUUCCACUAAUUCCAACCAAUGUGAAAUGCUAGGCAGUCUUUAAAUAUUUUAUUAUAGUCAUUUAAUAGAAAGGUUAAAUUAUAUCAACAGUAGACUUCCAUGAUUCCAAUUUUAUAAAAAUAAUAUCUGUAUUUUUAAAUACUGGAAAACAAACAUCAAAAUAAUAAUAAUGGUUAUACCUAGUGAUAAGGCUGUGAUUGAUUUUUUGUUUUGUUUUUUUCCCUGUAUAUUUCUAAUUUUCUGUAGUAAAUUUUUGAAAUCAGGAAAAAAGUUAUUUACAAAAUUAAAGCAGUUCACCUAUCACCCAAGUCUUGGUUUCUGAUACCUUUCUCUAAUUAAAAUAACUAGAGAAAUUAUCACUCUAGUCUAGGACUGGGGUGGGGAAUAUGCAGGGUGAUCCUGGAGGGACUCAUAGGGCUGGCAAGUAAAGAAGUGCUCAAGAAAUGAAACUUGGGGUGUGGCAGCAGGACAUGGGAGCCCACCACAGAGGCCCGGGGGGAAGGCCAGGAGAGUUUGAGCAACAAAAUAAAUAGUGCAGUGCAGAAUUAUAUCCCAAAGUAUAAAAUACCCAUGUGUCCACACUGAUAUACAUAAACCGUUGAAUAAACAGGUGGGUGGGAAUAGACACAGCCUGGGCAGAAGAAUUCCCUGUAAUUGACGUAGAUGCCCCUCCGUCGAGGAGGCAGGUGGUCAUUCCAGCUCUUAAGUGUGAGCUGCAUGCAGUGACUCCCUUCCCAGUUGUACACUAUGGAAACAGGGUUGAGAAAGAGGAGCUUGACCAUGGAGAAACCUGACUGCAGCCAGGUGAGGAGGGUCAGGGCGAAUCCUCCUGAGACUGGGAUGUGGGGAGGACAGUGCUUUUCCUCUGUGGCCUUUCUCCCAAGAACCCAUCAGCUCAGUCUAACUGCAGACAGCCCCAACUUGAGGGGUAUUUUACAAAAUAUCUGACCCAUAUUCCUCAGAUUUGUCAAGCGCAUUAAAAACAAGGCAAGUUGUCUGGACUUGGUGGCUCAACGCCUGUAAUCCCAGCAAUUUGGGAGGCCGAGGUGAGCAGAUCACCUGAGGUCAGGAGUUCCAUACCAGCCUGGCCAACAUGGUGAAACCCCGUAUCUAUUGAAAACACAAAAAUUAGCCAGGCAUGGUGGCGCACACCUAUAAUCCCAGCUACUCAGGAGGCUGAGGCAGGAGAAUCGCUUGAACCUGGGCGGUGGAAGUUGCAGUGAGACUUUACCAGUGCACUCCAACUGAGCACCAGAGUGAAACUGUUUCAAAAAAACAAGCCAAGUAGGAGAAACAGUUGCAGUCUAGAGGAUCCUAAGGAGAAGUGAGGACUAAAAGACAUGGGGUGUCCUGGAUGGGUUUGUGGAACAGAAACAGGACGUUAAGUACCAACCAGGGAAAUCCAGAUAAAGUGUGGACUUCAGUUCAUAAUGAGGGAAGGAACAUUGGCUCCUGAGCUGUGGCAGAUGUACCCCAGGAAUGUAAAGGGAGAUAACUUUUCUGUCUUAUCUGUAACUACAUCUGUAACUAUGCUUAAACUAGAAUUUUUUUUUUAAGGAAAACAGUAAACAACAGUUCAUCACUCUUAUUUUUAAAAGGUUGGAAUAAUAUUAGAGAUGUUCUAUAGGAUAAAUUUGUAAUUUCUGGUGUUUACUUUCUGACCCAGUUUUCUCUGAAGUAUGAAAUUCUUGUUGCAUAAGCCUGACUUGUCACUGGGGGAUCAUUCCGGAUAAAGAAUUUUCUGGUGAGGACUCAGGACCACAGUCUGAUUAUAAGUGAGGAGGCGAGUGUCUAAAAAGCUAGCAUUUCGUGUCUGUUUCCCCUUUGCAUAACAAAAAUUAACAUAUGAAAGCCCGACAUAUGUAAAGGCACCUUGGUGGAGGCACUAGGUGGAAGGGAGUGGACAUCUCUUGCGUGGCAUCAAGCUGGGUGCCCAGCCACCAUAGUGGAGGGCAGUUGCCCUUUUCGAGCAACUGUUCCAGAAACAUUUGAGUAGAGGACUGUAACUAUACCACACUACACACCACCAUCAUGUGACCAGUACAGUCACAGAUGCAGACACUUGAGUUUAACUGCUUGGGGGUGGAGAAGUUGCCAGCUGCCCACCCUCUGAUAAAGGUGUUAGUGAAAAUACUAUAGAUUUAUUGAGGUUUCUCAGAAAAUUGCUGCAUCUAAGAUACAAAUGGGCAAAAUAAAAUGAAUUAAGGUUAGUUGUUUUGUAGUUAAUCAAGAAUGAAACGUAGUGAUUGUUUUAUCAUGCCAGCUGUAAUAAAGUCUUAAGGAGAAUACAGGCUAUAAAAGCUUAAAGAAAAUAGGGAAGCAAAUUUUUAAAUAUUUAAAUAAUGAAACAUCAAAUAUUUUACCACAUUUUGAAGAAAUAAAACAUUGUAAAUAUAGCUAAAGUCUCACCUUCUUACUUCACCCCGUCUUCCUGAGAGGCAACCCAUUGUCUUGAUAGCGAUGUGUAUCACUUCAGGCAUUCGUGAAUAACUUUUCUAUGUACAUAACAUAUAUGUGUGCAUAUAUACAUAUAUAUGGAUGUGUUAAGCAAUACAUACUGUCGGUUUUGGUGUUUUAACAAUUUAUUUAAAUUAUGUACCUAACAGAUCUUUUUAUUUUUCUUUUCACUGAUCGUUAUUGACAUUUGUUCCUGGUGCUAAGUGUAGAUCUCGUGGGGUUUUUUUUGUGUGAUUUUUGUUGUUGUUGUUGUUGUUGUUGUUGUUUCCACUUUAUAACAUUCUGCUAUAUGAACAUAAACCAAUUUGUUUCCAUAUCCUUGUGGAAAAAUAGUGGCUGUGGUUUGUAUCCUUUUUUGCGGUUCAUGGCUUGGAUGAUUCUUGUAUGUGUGUCCUUGUGGACACCAGAUUUGUGGGGCUACAGGCUUGUGCCACUUCAGCCUUAAUAGAUACUGCCAGAUUGCUCUUCAGAGUGCCAUACAUACAAUUUGUACAUUUCCAUUUUUCCACAUCUGUGAAAAAUCUUACCAGAUUUAUCAGAUUCCACAUCUUUUCAGAUUUACUUAUCUCUGCCACUCUGACGGGUGUGAUACAUUUCCCUGAUUGUUAGUGAGAUUGAACAGCUUUUCAUAUAGUUGAAUUUAUUAGAAAUUCUAUCAAGAAUUGCCUAUUUAGGCUGGGUAUGGUAGCUCAUGACUGUAAUUGUAGCACUGUGGGAGUAUGAGCUCCAGGAAGUCAAGGCUGCAGUGAGCUAUGAUCACACCGCUGCAGUGAGCUAUGAUCGCACCACUGCACUCCAGCCUGAGCAACAGAGCAAGGCCCUGUCUAAAAAAAAAAAAAAACUGCCUAUGUAUUGCCUGUAAGUGGGCUGCUGUUUCUUGAGAUCAGAGAUCCUUGGCCUUGGACCUGAUUCCUCAGGGUGUGUAAUAAAAAAAUACUCCUGCAUGCUAUCAAAAAGUUAAAUUGGAGGUGGGCAGAAUAACAGUUUAGUCUCUGCCCGUAUUUAAUUGCUUUGUUUACUCCUAUGCCGUUUGAUUUUCUUUGUGCCUCGUUAUUGCUGACUGUGUCUCUUACUGGUGUAGGAAGGAGUUCAUUUAAGUUACCUGAUUUGUUAGGUUUGUAAUUAAGUAUUUAUCAAAAAUGUCUUUGGAAAAGUGCAUUUGCAAUUUCCUAAAAAGAUGACAGUUUUACAAUACAGCCCAGCAAUUAUGCUGCUAGGUAUUUGCCCAAACGAUGACAGCUUUUAUCCUUACAAAAACCUGUGCUUGCUGGGAAGCUGAGGCAGGAGGAUUGCUCGAGUCCAGGAGUUUGAGACUGCAGUGAGCUAUGGUCAUGCCACUGCACUCCAGCCUGGGCGACAGAGUGUAAGACCCAGUCUCAAAAACAAAGCAAAACAACUUUCCACAUCAGUGUUCAUAUCAGCAAUUAUUAGUAAUUGCACAAAACUGGAAGCAACCAAGAUACUGUUCAGCAGGUGAGUGAACAAACAAUGAUAUGUCCACACAAUGGAAUAUUGCUCAGUGAUAAGACUGAUCAAGCCCUGAAAGACAUGGAAAAACUGUACAUGCAUAUUGCUAUUAUUCCAAUUAUGUGAUGUUCUGGGAAAGGCAAAACUAUAGUCAAUAGAAACAUCAAUGGUUGCCAGGGAUUCAGGGCAGGAAGGAAGGAUAAAAAGCUGAAGGACAGGGCAUUUUUAGGGCAGUGAAACUAUUCAUGUGACACUGGAAUGGCGGACCUUUGUCAAAACACAGAAUUGGCUGGGCAUGGUGGUGUGUGCCUGUAAUCCCAGCACUCUGGGAGCCGGGUGGAUCACUUGAGACCAGGAGUUUGAGACCAGCCUAGUCAACAUGGUGAAACCCCAUCUCUACCAAAAAUACAAACAUUAGUCCGGCGUGGUAGUGCAUGCCUUUAAUCCCAGCUACUUAGAGGGCUGAGGCACAAGAAUAACUUGAACCCAGGAGGCAGAGGUUGCAGUGAAACAAGAACACGGCAAAGCAAGACUGCACUCCAGCCUGGGCAACAGAGCAAGACCCUGUCUCAAAAAACA